UCGCUGGCGGCGGGGGCGGGGGCGUGCUACGUGUUCCCGGCGGGCGUGCCCGACCCGUGCGUGGGCGUGUCGUGCCGGCACGGGGCGCGCUGCGUGCCCUCGCGGGACGGCCGCUCGGCGUCGUGCCGCUGCCCCGCCUCCUGCCCCGACUACGGCGACCACGAGGGCUCGCGGCCCGUCUGCGCCAGCGACGGCCGCACCUACCGCAACCAGUGCGAGCUGCGCCGCGCCGCCUGCGCGCACGCCGCGGACCUCGCCGUCCGCUUCCCCGGCAAGUGCGAUCCGUGCGAGUCGGUGCGGUGCGCGCCGCCCGAGGUGUGCCAGCUGGACGCUGACCGGCAGCCGUCGUGCCGCUGCGGCGAGACGUGCCCGCUCGACCUGACGCCCGUCUGCGCCUCCGACGGCCGCACCUACGCCAACGAGUGCUCGCUGCGCCAGGAGGCCUGCCGCACCCGCAGGGCCCUCACCGUGCUCUUCCGCGGCAAGUGCUCCGAAGGGGCGAACCCGUGCGCGGCGCUGCGCUGCGGGCCCGAGGAGCGCUGCGUGGUGGUGGCAGGCGGGCUGGCGCGCUGCGAGUGCCCGGAGACGGCCGACUGCGAGCCGGUGCUGCGGCCCGUCUGCGGCUCGGACGGCCGCACCUACCCCAGCCGCUGCCAGCUGCGCCGCGCCGCCUGCGCCGCCAGGACCGCCAUCGCCGUCGCGCACGCCGGCGCCUGCAGUGGCGGCGGCCCGUGCAGCGUGCGGCGCUGCGAGCACGGCGCCGAGUGCGAGGAGCGGGCGGGUCGCGCCGAGUGCCGCUGCCCCAGCUGCUCCGAGGAGUGGGCGCCCGUCUGCGCCAGCGACGGCAUCUCCUACGGCAACGGCUGCAAGCUGCGCGCCGAGGCCUGCCGGCGCGGCCGCCGCAUCGUCGCGCUCUACCAGGGGCUCUGCGAUGGCUGUGAGAACCAUAAGUGCAGUCACUAUGGCAUAUGUGAGAGUGAUGGUGCUGGAACAGUAAGGUGCAUAUGUCCAGAGGCCUGUGAUGAUUUGGAAGCUCCUGUUUGUGGCACUGACAGCAUCACAUACAGAAAUGAGUGCGAGCUGAGGAGAAGUUCCUGUCAGCUUCAGAAGGCUCUUGCUGUGGCUUAUAGAGGAGCUUGUGAUCUGUGUGAAGGCAUAAAAUGUGAACUUGGUACACACUGUGAAUCAGGAAAAUGCACUUGUGUUAGCAACUGUACCAACAGUAGCUUGUCACCUCUCCAGCGAUCAGAACCAGUCUGUGCUUCAAAUGGGCAGACAUAUGCUAAUGAGUGUGAAAUGAGACAUGCCUCCUGUUCUCAGCCUGUUGGCUCAUCACCUCUUAGGGUUGUUUUCUUUGGAGAAUGUAGAGAACGAGCUGGUUACACAGCAGCGGCAAUCCUAACGACAAUGACAACACCUUCUUUUUACCAAAGUCCUGUCCGUCAGAAGAUAUUCAUAGUUAGUGAAAAUGAAAGAAUGUUGCAUCAUGAAAAUAGCAUUUUGAGCAACUCAGUCAAUCAGGAGAGGAAAAAUAACACCAAGAUGUUCAGCCUGUUGAUGAAACCAGGACUUGCCAAGGAGGAAAUGUGCCAAGAUGUGAGAUGUGAUUUUGAUGCUAAAUGUCAGAUUGGAUCCGAUGGUCAUCCACACUGUGAAUGUGACUUUAACUGCAAACAUUUGCAAAAGGGAGAGCCAGUAUGUGCUUCAGACAAACGUAUAUAUCCAUCCUUGUGUGAAAUGAAAAUGGAGUCUUGUAUGCGUAAAGAAGAACUAAGAUUACGACCAAUGGAUCUCUGUCAAGGAAUGAAAGUUAAGCCAUGCAAUGGUGCACCCCCUUUGAUGAAUCCCAUUACUGGUAUGGCAUAUGAUUGUGGCAGUGGCCCUUCAAGGCAGGACUGUCCUGCUGGCAGUUACUGCCACCAGACACCAUACUUUGCUCGCUGCUGUAAGAAGGCUGUUGAGGCCAGUCCAUGUCAAGCAACAUUUCUUGGUUGUUGUCCUGAUGGAAAAACUCCUAUCCAAGGAGAGGGAAAUGCUGGUUGCCCCUCACUUUGUGGAUGCAACAAACUGGGUUCUAUCUCUGAUGCAUGUGAUCCAGAUACACUGCAAUGUACAUGCAAACCUGGAGUUGGUGGUGUGAAAUGUGACCGUUGUGAACCGGGCUACUGGGGGCUGCCAAAGAUAUCUGAAGGUCAUGAUGGAUGUUUGUCUUGUGAAUGCUCCCCAUAUGGUGCUGUUCGAGAAGAUUGUGAACAGAUGACUGGCCGGUGCAUGUGCAAAUCUGGUGUUCAAGGACAGAAGUGCACUGUCUGUACUGGGCAUAACUUAACUCUCGGUCCUUCAGGCUGUGUGUCAGUGUCAGAAGUGCUUGUUCCUGGAACAGAACGUCCAAUAAGAAGAUCAACUACUUAUCAGUACACAGAGGCUCUUGAUGUUAACCUUCCCAUCUUUAAGUUUACAAGGCAUCUGUUGGUUCCAGUAGCACCAGAUGACAGAUACUUUUACCAUUCUGGCAGUUUGCAUCAAGAAGGAUCUGAUAAUAACAGUGAUAUUUCAUUUGAAGCUGUACUUCAACCUACACCUGCAACUGUUCAGUUAGUUAUUGCUGCGAUUGGAGAAAGAUGUGGUACUAAUUCAUCUUGCACCAUUCCUAAGAGCCACUGUAUUUCUGGCCAGUGCAUGUGCAGUGAUGGCUAUUUCGAAGCACCAGACAGGCAAGGCUGCAUUGCUUACAAAAUACCAUCAUUUGAUGGGAAGUCAUAUAUUCAGCUGAAACGCCUGAAAGCUUACAAUAAAUUAAGUGUAGAACUGGAAUUCAGUACAUACACCAACAAUGGCAUCAUCCUGUACAAUCAACAGAAAUCUGAUGGAACAGGAGAUUUUGUUUCUUUGGCUGUCAUCAAUGGGCAUGUGGAGUUCCGCUACAAUCUUGGUAGUGGACCAGUUUCAAUAACAUCACUUGAACGUGUUCAACUAGGUCGGAAGCAUCAUGUAAUAGUGAAACGAUACCAUCGAGAUGGUGUCUUACGACUAGAUGGUGGAGAAGAUGUCACUGGUCAGACAAAAGGCUCACUUCGUGCGCUUGACUUGGGAGAGGACGCCUUCAUUGGAUAUGUGCCCACCAAUGUCUCCAAGGUAUUUGAAAAUGCUGGCACAGAAGUUGGUUUGACUGGCUGCAUUUACGCAAUGAGACUUGGGCAACGAUGGCUGGAGCUCCACGAGGGUCGUGAUGCACAGGUAGUGCGGGCAUCAGAUGUUCGUGAAUGUGGUCUCAGCCCUUGCGCUAACCUGCCGUGUCUCCAUGGUGGAUCAUGCAGUGUUGUAGGAACUGACAACUACACUUGUUCAUGUCAUCAUGAUUUUACAGGUGUAAACUGUGAGAACCAAUUGAAUUCUUGUGCAUCUCAUCCGUGUGCAUCUGGUUCAACAUGUGAAAUGUUGUCACAUGGAGGUUUUACAUGCAAAUGUCCCCCUGGCCAUUCAGGGAAAACCUGUCAUAAAGUGGAUGUUGCAUUACAGGAGAUUUAUGUGCCUGAGUUUAAUGGCAGCUCAUACAUGAAACUUCCAAAGCUAGAAGGUGUGGGAAGAGCAUUCUCCAUAGAAAUGUGGUUCCUCUCACAAGCUUUGGAUGGAAUGUUGUUUUAUAAUGGACAGAUGGCAAAUGGAAAAGGUGAUUUCAUAUCACUAGAAUUAAUUAAUGGCCAUGUACAAUUCCAGUAUGAUUUGGGAAGUGGCCCAGCAAAUAUAACAUCUGAUGAUGAAAUUGUUCUUGGAAAAUGGCAUUCUGUGAAAGUGAAUAGACAAGACCGUGAAGGAACACUGCAGCUGGAUAAUGGUGCUUUAACCAGUGGAGAAUCAGGAUUGCCUCUUGUUGAACUAAACCUUGAGCUUCCAUUGUACAUUGGAGGAAUCCCAUCAAAAGAUAACACCUCUGUUGGCUUAGAUGGAGCAGUGCAACAAUUUAUUGUCAAUGGAAACUCCAUAGGUGACUUCAGAACAUCUGGUUUACCACAGUGGACAGGAAUACCAUGUUCCCAAAGCCACUGUGUGCAUGGUGGUGUGUGUCAGCCCAUGUUACAGGAGUAUACUUGUCUUUGUCCAGAACCUUACUCAGGGAGGUUCUGUGAAAAUGGAAACACUGUAAAACCAGUGAAAUUUGAUGGCAAAAAUUUCUUCAGCAGUCCUCUUAAUAUUAAGAAGGACACCAAUAUUUCUGCCAGUUUUAAUGAUUCAAACGUGAAUUUUGAGAAGAUACAAGAAGAAUCCCUCUUCAUGGAGAAUGAAACAUUUUGGGAGCAAGAUAUGUAUGAUGAAAAUGAUGGACACCUUUUUCAGAAAAGUGUCACCAUUGAACAAAGGCAAAGUUACGAAGUUGUAUUUCGUACAGCAGAAUCAAAUAGCCUUCUCCUCUGGUUAUCUAAUGACUUCUCUUAUGAAUCUGAUUUCUUCUCAUUAAUUAUUUCUGAUGGCUUUGUAGAACUUCAUUUAACAGAUGAUAGAAAAUUAGUUGCAAAAUCUAAGGUGUAUGUGAGCGAUGGGACAUGGCAUACAGUAACUGCUCAUUUGAGCUCUCUACAAGUUGACAGUGAGAAUCCAGUACGUAUUCAGUUCAACAGAACAUCUUUCCAGCCAGUAUUCAGCACACUCUGGAUUGGUGGUGCCGCUGUCCUUCCAGCUGGUCUUCCUGCUCCUUUCUAUGUUGGCUUCAGAGGGUGCAUUGAUAGCAUUAAAGUGUCCCAAGAACAGAUUGAACUGCAGCACCUUCAUAAUAAUACUGAAGAAAUAGAGUUUUGUGAUGAAAAUGAUGUAUGACUGUGUGGCAGUUAUAGCAUGCAUUAUGCCUCUGAAGCACACAGUUCCCAAACAGUUGUCAUUUUACUGCUGUUGUCCAAAAGCACAUGACUUUCAUGAGGCACUCAGAGAUGAUCUUGUCUUUUUCUAUAUCAUGAUGCUCAGCUCACUUGCCUUCAGAAUGUAAUGUCUGAUAUUCAGACAACAAACGAACAACUCUCUUUUUGUCACUAAAUGAAGAAAUCUUAAAUAGUUGUUUCCUAAAAAGAAAUUAAUGUAAAUGGACUGUAACUGCAUCUCAUUAUGCUGUUGUUUGGUGUGCACCAUUGGAGGCACUUAAAAGCAGAGCCUUCUGAAAGACAUUUCAAAGAGUUAAUCUUUUCAAUUAAGCCACAGCAGUAACAAAAUUUAUGGACAUUGUUGUUAGUAUUACAACUGAAAUAAUGUGUAAUUAUAUGCAUAUGGCAGUAUCAAUAGAUACUAUACAUAUUUUUUUUUUUUUUUUUUUUUUAUGCUACAUACUGCCACAAACUAUUAUACAAGACUCUCGCAUGAAAUGAUGCAGCAUACUGGACAUAUCUGAUUACACAUCUUGCACCACAGAUUGAGUAAGACCACAAAGUUGUGCAUUAAUCACUCAGAUUUUAUAAACUCCACAGAUGUACAAAGUAAAAACAAUUCUU